GAUUUUAUAACUUACUAGAUAAAGCGAGGACCUAUAUAUAUGAGUGCUUUGUAGGAAGCUCUGAACUCUUGAAAUAAGCUGUUUGGAGAAGACAUCAUAUCAUUUCUUAAUUCACUACCACAAUAUUGCAAGCCAUCAUGGACUCAUUUAAGACUCCUCUGGAAAGACGCCUGGACAACCUAGAGUGCCACUUCACCUGGAGCCUCAGUGGCAACGUUCACCAUCUGCAAGAUUUUUUGGUAGAGUGCAGUCAGCAUGAUUGUGCUUGGGAGGGGCACCUGUACAACCUACUGGGUUACAUCACCUACCACAUCAGCAAAUCCCCAGAGGAAGCUCUGACGUACCUGCGAAAGGCUGAGGUGGCGCUCAAAGGACAUAACAUGGAGGGGAGAGGACCACGCCUUCUGGUGAACCAGGCAAACCUGGCCUGGGUGCAUUACCUUUUGGGUGAGCAAGCAAAGAGCGAAGCUUAUCUGAAGGAAGUGGCUAGGCUCCAGGAGGAAUUUCCUGCCCCACCCGGUUUUGAUCUGCAUCCUGAGGUAUACGGGGAGAAAGGCUGGACUAAGGUGAAGUUUGAGGAUGAGAUCCAUCAAAAAGCAAUAGAUAACUUCGAGCUGGCUUUGAGAGGAGACCCAGACAGGAAAGGGUGGCAUACAGGCCUUGCUCUGGCCAAGUAUAGAGCUCUUUUUAGCACAGGGGAUGAAGAGUUGAAAGAGGAAAUCAUACAGCAAAUCAAACGUGCCAAGUCAAUAGAUCCAGAUAACCUACACCUGGCAGCUGUCUACUUGAAAGCAUUGGCACAGGUUGGCAGGAACACAGAUGACACUGUGAGAGAGGCUCAUGACCUAGUUCAGAGGCUAAGACCAAUGCUUCAUGGCCUUGCAGAAGUUCUUUAUUUCUUUCGUUCACAGUCACUGGAUUUAGCUUUGCAAGUUGCAGAAGAGAUGGUGAGGAAAUACCCCUCUGAAAGAGAAGCCAAAAAGCUGCUGGCACGUUAUUAUAAAUACAAGAUUUUUAAAUCGCUGAAAACACAGGGUAACGCAGAUUUAAGGGAACUGAUGGGAAAAUGCAUCCACAUUUAUGAAGAGGUCACCACUUUUUUCCCGUACUACUAUUGCGGGAAAAUUGUUCUUGCAGAUAUCUAUUCCAUUUCUGGCAACACAGAGAAAGCAGAUCAAUUAUAUAUGGAUCUUCUCAAGGUGGAAGAUCUGAACCCUACAACUCUACAGCGGUUAUAUUUUAAGUAUGGAAAACAUCUCCAUUAUAAAAAAAAAUUACCUAACAAGUCCAUUGAUUACCACAAAAAGGUUGCUGAAAUCCCUACACAAUCUUGGGAGAGAGAGAAAAGCAUGGAAACUCUCAGGUCAGUUGCUCAUCGUAGCAACCAUCGAAGAUGUGAUGAAAUCCAAGCCUUUCUGCUCAGACUUGAACAGAACUGAUUUUCUGCUGCUGGUUUGUUUGU